AACGAAUUCCUCCAAUCAAAACGUCGUCGCUUUCUGAAGGAUUUCUCUUUCUUAAGUCUUACACCCAUUAGAGCUUCACUCUGCUUCUCUCUCAUCGUCUGAAGCUGAGAGAUUCUCGUCUCCGAUCUGAACCACACCUCGUCGGCGACGAAAGGUUUAGUUGAAAUCGUAAGAUGUCUAAGUUAGCCAUGGAUGUUCCUCCCAAGGGUGGGUUUAGCUUUGAUCUCUGUAAGCGAAAUGCGAUGCUGGCAAAGGACGGGGUUCAGCUACCUCCUUUUAGAAAGACUGGAACCACCAUUGUGGGUUUGAUUUAUCAGGAUGGUGUAGUCCUGGGAGCAGAUACAAGGGCUACUGAAGGACCCAUUGUAGCUGAUAAGAACUGCGAGAAGAUCCAUUACUUGGCUCCCAAUAUUUAUUGCUGUGGUGCGGGAACUGCUGCUGACACUGAGGCAGUUACAGAUAUGGUAAGCGCACAGCUGCAGUUGCACCGUUACCAUACCGGCAGGGAGUCAAGGGUUGUGACUGCCCUCACCUAUCUCAAAAGACAUCUUUUCAGUUACCAAGGUCAUGUCUCGGCUGCAUUGGUGCUGGGUGGUGUUGAUUUCACCGGCCCUCAUUUGCACACUAUAUAUCCUCACGGAUCUACUGACACACUUCCUUAUGCUACUAUGGGCUCUGGCUCACUGGCUGCGAUGGCAAUAUUUGAGUCUAAGUACAAGGAGGGGUUAACAAGAGAUGAAGGUGUACAAUUGGUGACAGAAGCUAUUUGUGCGGGAAUCUUCAAUGACCUUGGAAGUGGUAGCAAUGUUGACAUUUGUGUUAUAACCAAGGGAAGCAAAGAAUAUCUCCGAAACCACCUGCAGCCUAAUCCCCGCACAUAUGUUACUCCCAAGGAAUAUACUUUCAGCAAGAAGACUGAAGUACUCUCCACCCUUGUUACUACACUGAAGGAGAGAGUGGAAGUGGUGGAAGCUGGAGAUAAAAUGGAAGAGUAAUUUGUUAGACAUAUUUUGGUGGGGAUUAUGUUGUAAUUAAUUAGGUUGGGUGAACCCCUUUGCUAUGCUGAUGUUAUUGAUAUUUCAGAAGGUAGAUCCAUUGGUUCUGAAACAAAACAAAAAGGGGCAACAAUAUUCUGUAAUUCUGUUUCCUUAAGUCAGAACAUUCAAUCAAACUCAUACAAAAGAACCAAGUAUUUAUGCCAGAUUAUCCAAUGGAGAAUUUUUAUGCCAA